GAGAGCUCCUUUGUAGCGCUGGGUUCAGUCAGUGCAGUGAUUUAUCCGCUCUCAGGAACGGCGUGGUGAAGCGUGAAGUCUCCACCAAACGACACUUUACAUCGCUUAUAAACCGCUUUCAACAAAUGGGGCAAACAUUUGCGUAAACUUUUGGGGCUUGCGACCUACUCUAGCAAACAAUAUCCUCAACGACAAACAAGGGGAACACCCAGCAGGGACAACAAAAUCUUUUCGUGAAAUUGGCACAGAAAUCUUUGCAGAGGAGCUGAAGUCUGUGAGCACGACGCAGUCAGGAUGAUGACCCAAGAAGGCAUGGACUAUGAAAACGACACUUACGAAUACUUGGAGUAUGGCUAUGUAGAGGAGGCCAAAGCUGGCAGCUACACUCAAAGAGAAGCUCUUCACAUCAUAUCAGUGAUUAUCUACAGCCUGGCAUUUACUCUGGGUGUAAUUGGGAAUGGCAUGGUGAUCUGGGUGACUGCCUUCAAAAGCAAAAGGACCGUGAACAGCGUCUGGCUGCAGAAUCUGGCCAUUGCCGACUUUGUGUUUGUGCUUUUCCUUCCGUUCUCCAUCGACUACGUGCUGCGGGACUUUCACUGGCUCUUUGGGAAGACCAUGUGCAAGCUGAACUCUUUCGUGUGCACCAUGAACAUGUACGCCAGCGUGCUGUUUCUCACCAUCCUGAGUUUGGAUCGCUACAUCUCACUGGUCCACCUGAACUGGUCGGAAAGGUAUCGAAACGUCCGGCGGGCCUGGUGGGUGUGCGCGCUGAUUUGGAUCACGUCCUGCCUUUUAAGCUGUCCGGCCCUGAUAUUCCGUGACGUGAUCCAACAUAACGGGAAGAUCGUGUGUUUCAAUAACUUUCACGACGUGAGCUCGCACAUGGUAGCGGUGAGACACAUUGCGAUGGUGUCUCUGCGCACCACCGUGGGCUUUCUGCUUCCGUUCGCCACCAUCACCGUGAGCGGCGUGCUGCUGGCUGUUAAGAUGCGCCAGUCCGACUCGGUGCGUUUGACCAGCUUUUCCAGAACCGUCUCCGCCGUGAUUCUGGCGUUCUUCCUGUGUUGGGUGCCGUUCCACACGUUCAGCCUGAUGGAGCUGAGCAUGCACCACACCACCUACCUGCACAACGUGCUCAUCGUGGGCUUCCCCCUCGCCACCAGCCUGGCCUUCUUCAACAGCUGCGUCAACCCCAUUCUCUAUGUGCUGCUCACCAAGAAGGUGCGUAGGUUGGUGAGGAGGUCGUGUUUGAACUUCACCAAGAACUCGCUGAGAGAGCUGAGUCAGUCUGUGUCUGCUACUGAGAUAGACUCGGGAUUGGCCAGCUGCUCUCCUGAAGAGCCCAUGGCCAACUCCUCCAUCUGAUGGGCUCAGCCGUCACUCCAAACGCACCCGAGCUCAAGAAAGCCCUAGAGCUCCAACUGAACUGAAAAUGGAUUUUGACUGAUUGGUUGGGAAAUAAUGGCUUUUAAAGGUACAGUAAGUGAUUUCUGAGAAACUCUGUUGAUAUUUGAAAUCAACUCAAACAAGCACACCUCUUCAUUGCUCAGCCCCCAAACAUGCAAUACAAGUGUGGAUGCCUCUUUAUCAUAGCUGAAGAGAAGCAAAAUAACGUAUGGCGCAGAAAAACAUAACCUCGGCGUCCGUUUUCAGACCUUCCCAUUUGGGUCCCUCCAGCACUGGAAAGCUUUUCUAAUAUUAACAUGGGUCCUAAAGCCCUUGCCUGAUCAUAACCCCAAUGAUAUUCCUCUGAGCUUUUCUCAUUUGUAAUGUGUCUCAGUCUCAGCCAUCAGUCUUUCUUCAAAUUACCCUCUUGCUCACUCUCUCUCUCCUCCCCCAACAUGAGUGGAUACGCCCCCUACUUUUGAUUGGCUACAAGUUUGUUUUGGUGCUUGGUCCAAUCCACUUUCAACAGCAUUUUCCGAAAAUGGCUUACUGCACCUUUAAACCUUAUGCAGUACAUUACAGUAAAUAUGUAUUUAAUGCAUUUUAUAUUUAGCACAAUCAAUCUAUAUAUAUAUAUAUAUAUAUAUAUAUAUAUAUA